CAAUUAACGCGCGUUAACCGGCGAUAAUAUGCUAAUGGAGAACAACCGUGAUACUCGCGUAUCUUCUUCAGCGGAAGCUUCAUACACGAUCGUACUAUGUGCAUAUCGAUCGCCAUUGGUACUAUUCAUCCGUAAUGACCAAGUUCAACGGCGGCCUUCUUCAACACACGGCUACGGUGUAAGAUCGAGUAUACGUGUAUUACACUGUUGAAACGAGGGAGGCCACGAGGACGCGAGAGUGCGGGGUCAAAGAUGAUCGUGAUAAUCACUCAACGAUGAAUAUCCAUAAAUAGCCGUAGUUGGCGAGCGGUUUAUAGACAACGCUGAAAGAGAAUGUCGAAGCUCUUUGAAACUGAUUGUUCACGUAUGGCAUGAGCAGCUCUACUACGGAAUACGGAAUACUUUAAUUUGUUGCGAUGAUUGAUGUUAAUAAUAUGUAAUAUUACAUAUUACUUUCAACACCGAGACAUACAACCAAAGAUAUUUAAAAGAAAGAUAAUCCUAGCCGAAUGAAAAUACUGCUGGAGACGUAGAAGAAAUCUAAACUUUACGACACCACCUCUCAAUUAUGUGUUGUGACUACGUUCUCUACGUUACUUUAACGUGUACGUGUACAUAUUGUGAUCGAAAAUGAAACUUUAAUAUUGUGCCAAACGUCUCUCUUUAUCAGAUAGAUUUAGACACUGUGACACCACUGUGACUAAUACUCGACACGACUAGCUUCAAGCUUCAAGCUUCAAGCAACAGCCAAAUAAUAAAAUGACAAAAAUGACAAAAAUGAAUUGAAUAUCUAUGGAGUAUGUGUACGUUUAUGUGUAAUUUGUAAUUUGCAACUUUGGACGUUGUAAUGAUUCGCGGCAUCUCAGUGAAACGAGAUGAGAGGACAAAACGAGACGGAAACGAGAGGUCUCGUAAACAUUUGUGCAGACGCGAUGCCGAAGCCCUGACGUCUAGCGAAGCUCGCCUAGCGAAGAUUAGAAGAAGAUUACGAUCAUCUCGGGCAGUUACACGUCAGGGUGAUUAGGGUCGAAAGCGCGUACCGUCGUAGCGCUACGGUACGGCUGCGCACGGUGAAACAUGAACGACAGCGAGAUUUAUCUAUUGAACUGGGAAGAAGAGGCACACGCAUCGGACAACGAUCUUGGCAGGAGCUUUUAUAACGCGAGCUAUCCGCCAUUCAAUCACACCUACGAGGAUCUCUGGGGACGCGCCACGGAUCGAAUCGGUCUCGCGAUCCUACUGCUGCUCUUCUCCGUAGCUACUGUUUUCGGGAAUUCGUUGGUGAUUCUCGCGGUAUUCCGAGAGAGGCAUCUGCACACAGCUACAAAUUAUUUCGUGACUUCAUUGGCUUGCGCCGAUUGCCUGGUGGGACUGGUAGUGAUGCCUAUCAGCGCGGUAUACGAGGUACUGGAGAACCGUUGGCUAUUCACGACGGACUGGUGCGACGUUUGGCGCUCGUUGGACGUUCUCUUCUCCACCGCGUCUAUUCUAAACCUGUGCGUCAUUAGCCUAGAUCGUUACUGGGCGAUUACCGAUCCCUUCACGUAUCCAACUCGCAUGAGCAGGAAACGCGCGGCGAUCUUAAUCGCCAUCGUAUGGAUUUGCUCGAGCGCGAUCUCCUUUCCGGCGAUAGCGUGGUGGCGUGCCGUUCGUACCGAGCAAGUGCCGGAAGACAAAUGUCCCUUCACGGAAAACCUCGGUUACCUGAUAUUCUCGUCGACAAUCAGUUUUUAUCUACCGCUAUUCGUGAUGGUGUUUACCUAUUAUAGAAUCUAUCGCGCCGCCGUAAUACAGACGAGGAGUCUGAAACUCGGCACGAAGCAGGUGAUGAUGGCCUCGGGCGAGCUCGAGCUCACGCUGAGGAUACACCGAGGCGGUGCCACCAACACCGAUGCCAGGCAUCUUUUUCGCACCGCUUCGAGCACACCCGAGGACCUCCAAGAUCUCGAGGAACCGUUAACGGCUCUUCACAACAACGGUCUCACUAGAGUGCCCUCCGUGAGGAUCAACAACAAGCAACAUCUAGGCAAAAAUUUCUCUCUCUCGCGUAAGCUCGCCAAAUUCGCCAAAGAAAAAAAGGCAGCCAAGACUCUUGGUAUCGUUAUGGGUGUCUUUAUUAUUUGUUGGCUGCCGUUCUUCGUUGUGAAUCUGUGGUCGGGAUUCUGCACGAGGUGUAUAUGGCAGGAAGAGAUAGUAUCCGCGGCCGUCACCUGGCUCGGUUGGAUUAACAGCGGAAUGAAUCCCGUGAUAUACGCUUGCUGGAGCAGAGACUUUCGUAGAGCUUUCGUCAGAAUUCUAUGCUACUGUUGCCCCAGACGAAUGAAGCGGCGAUAUCAGCCGGCGUUUAGAUGUAAGCCAAGUCAGUACAUUUCCGGAAUGGCAGCGGGAGGACAAGCGAGUAACGUGAGCUAUAGCAGUGUCAGCCAAAGUAGCGACGGCGGCAUAUGUGCGACCGGAAGUGGUCUUCCCAAAGUAUGUGACGGCGGUAUGUGACGACACACGUCGGCCCGAACAGGGCCGCGUCGAGAGCGAGCGAUCCGAUUCCGUGAUGCGUGAACAGAAGCGUGAUUCCACUCACUGGAUUUACUUUUAAAAUAAUGAGAGAAUCCUUCCGUGUGACUUGGACUCAUCAUCCGAUAAUUAUCUUUAAUAAAAAGGUACUCCAAAUUGCUCCAAAAUGCUCCAAAACUACUUAUCAGCGCGAGACGUUCCUGCGAAAACAUCAUCAAAAGGGAAAACAUCGUAUCGUGAGCGAUACAAGAACGAAAUAUCUAGAAAGCACGUACUUAAUGUGGAUUCAUAAAAGCUUUCAUAUUGCCGUGGCUAAAAAAAGUUGUUGGAUUUUCGUUCGGGUAAUCGCAUUAACGAGCAAGGGAGUUGACGCUUUGCGGAUAUACACAUGCUCACAUUCACCACCGCGAGCUCUUGAAGAAAAGCUUGUAAAAAUCAACUGUAUUUAUCAAUUGUAUUUAUGUUAGAUCUUGCAGAAAAAAAUAUCCUUUCACAUGUGGAAUCGUAAAAAUACGAUAUCUCUCGCAAUCUCUCGUCCAAAGAUCGAUUACAUCAAUCUGGAUCAUUAAUUAAUAAAAUUGUAUCGAACUGACGAAAGUAUUGACGAAAAUAGAAUAGAAUUAUAAUGUAAAAAAUGAUAGUCAAUAUAAAAUGAGAUAACGAUCGUUAGUAAAAUUAAUUAUCUAAUGCGAUACAAUCGAAAACUAAUUGUGAAAGCUAAAUUCGAUAUUCGUGACAAAUUAGACAGAGCACGACCAUAUGAUGGAACUUGUUCGAUAGAAAAAAUAAACAUGUAAAAGCACGCGCGCAAACAACAAAUGUAUAAAUAAGAAACCUCUCGAUAAGAAAGAUGGAUGUAUUCCACAAGCAGUAUAUAUUCCAUUCAUGUUCCAUUCCUUUGUGAGCGUACACAAGUACGCACACAAGUAGUUUUGCAAAAAGAAACCAGUCGUGUAUAUUGAAUAGCCUUAAGAUUAGAAAAAAGAGUUAGACGAAAAAACGUUCGUUGAAUUAGUUGCAGCUUAUACGAGACUCCAAAUGAAAGGGCUUCCAAAUCCAAUUUCUUAGAAAAAUAAUGUAAUUUUUAUCAAGUUUUUGCAACACAUUUUUAUUUUAAUGGCAUUAUCACUAUUCUUCUUGCCGAGUUUAUUUCCUAGUAUGUACGCUACUUCAUUAUACGUCAUUUAUACAUCAUUACACAAUUUUCCUUCCGAUAAUCGAUAUAAGUAUUAAAAAAGAAAUAUUUUCUUUAUGCAGAAUGCAUAGAGAUAAGGUAUUCAUUUCUUAUUACGAUAAAAAAGAUUAAUAGAUAUUGAAGAGAAGCAGUUGAAAUAUCCAUAAAUUAUCAAAUUUGUAAGAAUCUCUUAGAUGUCUCUGAAAACUAUGAAUAAUUGGCUUCUGCCUUUCAAAUGCAAGCGCGAAUACUUUUGUCUUUGUAAAACAAUUUAUUUAAAAAAAUGUGCAUUGUAAUAUUUCUAUAAAAGAAAUCUUCUAUUUAAGUUAAAAAAAGCACUUGAUAUAUUUAGAUUUGUUUUUAUGCUGGAAACAAUUAAUUUGGCUUUUGUCUACAUAAUAGUGACUACGGGACCAAAAAGUUUUAACUUCUAACUUUUUUUUCUAUCGCUAAUAUUUUUCGAGAUACAUGACUCGGUCGCUUUCUAUAAAAUAUUUCGCAGAUAUGAAAUAUCUCAACAAAGACUAUUCAAAAUGGUGCUCGUAUUCAUACCGAACACGAACAUAUUAUAUGAUGAUUAUAUCAUAACAUGUUAUGAGACUAUCGAGUAUCGCGUUUAAUAUCUCAUCGAGAGACACUACAUUACAUUAUAUUAAUAGAAAAUAAAUAAUAUUUUCACAAAAGAAUAAACAAUCGAAUGAUGUUGAACAAACUGUCAAGCAAUAUAUCGAAAAAAUUUAGUAAAAGUUUAGUAAAAAUCCAUUACUACUCUCAUUGAAAAAGAUAAGAAUAAAGACAAAUCGUACUCUUCAUUAUCAUCUGGUAAUGCAGAUAUUCUAUUAACUGGCAACUGAUGGCAUAUACGUUAAUUGAUAAUGAUAAUUUUAGUCAAAUUAUCAUACUUGAUACUUCGAUUAAUUUGGCUGUACUCAUGCGUUUAUUAAAUAUCGAAAAUAUGUAUUAUAUUGAAUUCGAUAGAGUAGAGAAUAUAUCAAUAAUUCUUCUUUUCUGAGCUAUCAAUGUUUUUCUACUUAACAUUAUUUUAUUUUUAAAAAAUGUAAUCUUAUUUUGGACAUCUUUUCAUAUAAAUUAAUUCACUGUAUUUUUCAGUGGACUAAUAAUUAAAUCUUAGUAAAACAGUUGUGUAUAAAACAUCUGAAACAUCUGACAAAUAAAUAUAGAAAAUUAUUAUUAAAUGUAAAAAAAAAAA